AUGCCCGUGGGCUGCUUCUCAUUGGGGCUUUUCUACGAGGAAGGAAAUGGAGAAACGCAAUGGGCCUUUUCGCAAGUGAAAGGUACAUUGGACGAAGAAAUAACCGAAGCUGAUAUUAUAUCAUGUGUGGAAUUCAAUCACGACGGCGAUCUCCUAGCGACUGGCGACAAAGGCGGACGUGUUGUUAUCUUUCAACGUGAACUCGGGGGGAAAAGUGCGUCGCUGCGCAAGAAUGAGUACAAUCUGUACAGUACUUUCCAAAGUCACGAGCCCGAGUUCGACUAUUUGAAGAGCUUGGAGAUCGAGGAGAAGAUAAAUAAAAUCCGUUGGCUGCGGCGGAAAAACCCGUCGCACUUCCUGCUGUCGACGAAUGACAAAACAAUCAAAUUGUGGAAGGUUUCCGAGAGGGACAAGAGACCGGAGGGUUUCAAUGUUACCGAUGAAGCCGGGCAGCGCAAGGAUGCCAGUUCCGUACCCGUCUUCAAGCCAAUGGAACUGUGGGUCGAGGCGAGUCCGAGACGAAUAUUUGCCAAUGCGCACACUUACCACAUCAAUUCUAUUUCCGUCAACUCUGAUCAAGAGACGUAUUUGUCGGCGGAUGACCUGCGAAUCAAUCUGUGGCACUUGGAGGUCAAUGAUCAGUCGUUCAACAUAGUCGACAUCAAGCCGACGAACAUGGAGGAACUCACCGAGGUGAUCACUGCCGCAGAAUUCCAUCCGCAAGAAUGCAACUUGUUCGUUUACAGCUCGAGUAAGGGAUCAAUUCGUCUCUGUGAUAUGCGUGAGGCAGCACUUUGUGACAGGCAUUCGAAGCGCAUGCGAAGCGAUAGCAUUAAAAUCGCACAAUAUUUUUUCACAGUUUUUGAGGAGCCAGAAGAUCCGUCGAGUCGGAGUUUCUUCUCCGAGAUAAUCUCCAGCAUCAACGACGUCAAAUUUUCGAAUUCUGGUCGAUACAUGAUGUCCAGAGACUACUUGCGUAUCAAGGUGUGGGACCUCAAUAUGGAGAAUCGUCCAAUUGAAACCUACGACGUUCACGAGCAUUUGCGGUCAAAAUUGUGUUCCUUGUACGAAAAUGAUUGUAUCUUCGACAAGUUCGAGUGCUGUUGGAGUGGAAAUGACGCAGGAAUCAUGACUGGCUCGUACAAUAAUUUUUUCAGAAUGUUUGACCGCCAAACGAAGCGUGAAUUAACGUUUGAGGCGUGCAAGGAGAUUGCGAAGCCAAAAACUCUUUUAAAGCCCAAAAAGGUAUCCUCGGGAGCCCGGAGGAAGAAGGAGGAGAUCAGCGUAGACUCCCUGGAUUAUGCCAAGAAAAUCCUGCACACAGCCUGGCACCCGUCGGAGAACAUAAUCGCCGUCGCUGCCACAAACAAUCUAUACAUGUUCCAGGACAGAGUGUAGCCCUGUUCGGUAGCGUGCAUCCGUGUGCUGCUUCGUAGCUCGGCGGCCCCCUUUCUUUCAGCCGCAGGGCGCCGCGGCGUGAGGAUGUGGAUUUUCUUCUUCUCCGGAAGAACGCGAUGCUGGCGUCUUCUUGUUUUCGGUUGUACCCCGCCCGGGUAGCCGCGAGAAUACACUUGACAGGCCAGCAGCAGCAACCUCUUCCAGGUCUCUUUGUUUGUUCCAGUUGUACGUUUGGGUGCGAAGUGAGUUCCUCCUUGAGAGCAUGUGUUACGUUGUUGUUCUGCAUUUUAUGUUAAUGUUUUUCGUCGCGAUGAACGAAGUGAAGCGUUUCUCCUUCUAGGCUGAUGAUAGAACAAAAUGUGUCUUAGGCCCCCGUCGCCGCAGGUUCUUCCGAGCCCUUGGAAUCGUAACCAGUUCGCCGUUUUGUAGACAUUUUCUUUCCGUGCUCAGGGCUCCGAUAGGGCGAGAGUGGGAGUUGAAUGGAGGUAAUUGUUGUUUUCCGAAGGAAGGCUAGGGUUCCCAGUCGAGGUGCGUAGACGCGGUCGAGCCUUCGCAAUCGGCUGCCGAGGCGCGGGUUAUUUUCGCAGAGUCCACUCGAGUAUUUUUCCCUCCCUAGACUCACUGUCAGUGCCAGGAGACGGAUCACGUAGUAGACAACGAGGCGUCGAUCGGGACUCUCGGGUGUAGGAAUCGAUGUCAGGGCCGAGAUGAGCUCAUGUGAGGAAAGCAUUUGGCAAUUUGGUUUCGUGGCCGUCCAGGUAUAUAAUUCCAAAAAGAUCCUUUUACCCGACGGCGGAGCGAAUGAUGAUUCAACAUUUCGGGGCAUGAAAUUUCGUACUUUUGUAGCGGUCCAGCGACCGUGCGCCGUGAAGCAUCGUAACUUUGUAUUCGCUCGCUGUUCGUUGUUCAUUUACGAACGAGUAGCAGCCAUUCACCAGCGAUUUUUAGCAAUUUGUCGGGAUGUGACGGAGAAUUUCAUUCAUUCAUUCAUUCGAUUCUUCGGCAUCAUGCGCCAGCCGGAGGGUACGAGUCGUAUUGUCGUUUUCUGGUCUCCCGUUCGUUUUUUCGUUCGUUUCACCUUCGCCGUGUACACGUGCUGCUUUUUAUCAUUCAAGGAAUACUGUAUACCCGUUUGGAUGCCCGUUGCUAACGAUUACAGCGCUGUUCUUAGGUUUGCUAGCGUUUUGUUGCAUCUUCAUUUUUACUCGGUGUUUUUAUAAGAGAGCGGAUGAAUGCGUUUCAUAAAAUAACUCCGCAGCCGUCGGAUCGCCGAAAGUUUCUCUUUGGGAUAUGUACCUGGUUGUGCCAAAUAUUAUUUUCAAUAAAAUCGCGUGAGAAAGAAAGAAGAAACAUCUGCGAUGCCGUGAGUUUGGUCAUUGGCCGUUUAGCGCGUGUUAAUGCCUGAUUUCUUUUUCAGGGGAGUGUUCCGUUGCUUCGAAAAGGGACAUGGUGAGGUAGUUGAAAAUCAACGUUAGUCGCGAUCAGAAGAGAUGUCGGUGUUAUCGACAACAAAACUGGUUUAAAUUCACCAGAAUAUUUGAGACUGUGGCUGAUGGAGGGGGUGGUUUUUAUGUUCAAAGUGGAAGAUCAAGGCAAUUUCGAGACUCGCCUUGAUUGGAAGAGGCGUUGAACCUUUCAAUAAGUUUAGAGUCGCUUUGGAACAAACAUGCAGAUCACAGACAAGAGAAUCCAAUUUAACGAGAAGAUCGGGAGUGGGAAGAAUAAAGCAUGACGUCUCUUCUUCGAUUACAAUUACGGUGAAUACUUGAGGCGUACUUUUCUGUAAAGGCUUGAAUGAAAUGUGGAAUAUGAAAACGUUCCGAGGGCUAUUGCAAUGGAUAAAUGUUACAUUUUGAAGCGCGUUCAC